ACGACGCUAUUUCAUUGUGAAUUGUCGUCGCGCGCACACGUCGCCAUGGCCUCCACCGUCCUCACCGCGACCACGUACGUUCUAAACACGCUGCAGAUGCUCCUGAGCCUCGGCCUCGCCUGUGCCUCGAUAUGGUUCUUCGUCGAGGUAGUCAGCAUCACCUCCCUUCGGAACACAAAUCACUACCUCUUAGACUACAACGUGUACUGGCCUCAGGCGAUACCAUGGGUGUUUUGUAUAGUGGCCUUGAUGGCAAUGUUCACGGCGUGCUGCGGGUUCGCCGGCGCCAGCAAGCGCAGCAAAGGACUGCUGGUAACGCACAUUAUAUUCCAAUCAGUUUCGGUGUUGCUGCUCAUUGUGAUCGCGAUAAUUGCCUUGACGCUGGCCGACUCUGAUGGGACGGCGAGUUUCGUCGGCGACACGAUAUGGGACGCGUUCAUCCACGCUCAGAACGACCACGGCAUAGAAUCCGCUUUCGGCGUCAUGGAGAAGAGAUUGCAAUGCUGCGGGGCCAUGAGUCCGCGUGACUACAUCAACAAGAGGAACGAGUUCCCGGUCUCGUGCUGCGACACCUACUACCACGGCUGGAUCGGGACCUACAACAUCAUCUGCGACUUCUCCAACUCGCUGGCCAACAGUCGCCACGGCUGCUCCAAGGUCGCCUCCGAGUACACGAGCAUUGUGAUAAAGGCAUUCUCUGCGACGUCCGCCUUCAUAGCGCUUAUUGGCAUCAUCAAUUUGUUUGUGAUGAUUGCGCUCCUGAGGAAACUGAAGAAUCGACAUCAUCCCAAAGUGUUAGUCGCUCAGUACGAAGCGGAGAGCAAGAAGGUGUUACUAUAAGGACUACGUAACCAGUGUUCAUUGGUUUUGACUUAGUGAUGAUUCAUUGGAGUUCCGGGUUUGAACGAGUGAUCUUGGAUCGAUGUUUGUAUAUUGAAUCAAAUAACUUUUCUGCGACAAUCUCCUUAUGGAGACUUCAGUAAAAGUUGUUCGGUUCAAUCUGUUUUGCUUUAAUUUAUUUACGUCGAGAGACUGGAUAAGUCUCAAGAUUUCUUUUAUUGAAAAGUUACUUGAGAAUUUAAAUAAUGAUGUGAUAAAUUUCUAUAUGUGUCAUAUAGAAAGGUAUGUUACGCAAAAGUUCAAAAAUUUGGAUAGAAUGCCAAAGAUAUUAAACAACCACCAAUAGACUAAUUAAUAAUUAAUUCACAACAUUUCAAUAUUGUAAAUGCAUUAACAAAUCACUUUGAAGAAAUGUUUCAAUUUGUGUUUAUUUCAUUGUUACCUCAAAUUUUUACUAUUUGUAAACUCAAAACGUUGUAUUUUCAAUAUUUUAGGGCAGAUAUAUUUCUAAUGUGUUUCAUGUGAAAGAACACAAAAUGAUUGUGUAUAUGUGCUUUCGGUAUCUACCUAUUUUCUAAAGCUCACAAGCUUUCGGAAGCUUGCGCAAGCCACGAACUGGACAUGAGCAUUAUGUAAACAGCAUUUUCUCUCUAAUACACGACGUAUGUAUGUAAAUAUGUCUUUAGUAAACAAGUUGUAAAGCGGUUUAAACUGUAGUAUGUGUCGAAUGUAUUCAAGCAAAAUUCACCAUUAUCACCACUUACAAAAGUGUUAUUUUUGCUAAUAAUAUGAGAUGUUGUGAUGAUAAUUUUGUAAAUCACAGAUUGUUAAAGAUUUUUUGUGUAUGUAUGUGUUUUGUGUGACGUAAUUUUAAGUAGAAGACUCAUGUUGUGAUGAGUAGUAAGGUCUACCGCUAACGAUUAGUUUAAGGUUAUUAAUAAAAUUUAGUUAUGAAA